GUGUGUGUUCCAGCCACCCUCUUCCACGUCCUUUCGUGUAGCACUGGCCAAACGGAAGCCGGGCACAAAGCCGUCGUCGCUGCGACUGUCAUGACUGUAACUCCGGAGCUGGCUCUCCGCAAUGCGAACACGUAUCCGGCUUCGCAAACGGUCAAGCAGAUCACAUUUAUGCAAUGCAAUGCUAGCCCUGAGUGA